CUUGUCCGAUGUUAUUGAGACCAUCAGCCGGAACCUUAAUGUGUCUAUGUCGCGCUCUUACCGUACAAUUUAACACGUUACACUUGUCACUUCCGGCGCUUGUUUGGCUGGUUGUUUGAAAUGAGAACGUUGGCCAUAUAAAGCAUAAUUUUAAUGCUUUAAUGGCAGGUUUAUUAAAUGUGGAUACACGCUGGGAGACAAGACGAGUCCUAUAGAGUGUACUACUGGAUCAACUUCACUCUUGCUACCGUACUAUGUUCAAAAAGAUGACUGAAUUUGGUCCAGAUUCCGGGGGACGAGUUAAGGGAAUAACCAUUGUGAAGCCCAUUGUGUUUGGGAACGUUGCCCGUUACUUUGGGAAAAAAAGAGAGGAGGAUGGACACACACAUCAGUGGUCUGUCUACGUGAAGCCUUACAGAAAUGAGGAUAUGUCUGCUUAUGUGAAAAAGAUCCAGUUUAAGCUACAUGAGAGCUAUGGUAACCCACUGAGAGUGGUGACUAAGCCUCCAUAUGAGAUUACAGAGACGGGCUGGGGGGAGUUUGAAAUCAUCAUCAAGAUCUUCUUCAUUGACCCUAAUGAGAGACCUGUGACCCUGUACCAUCUGUUGAAGCUGUUCCAGUCAGACUCCAGUGCCAUGCCUAAGAAGACAGUUGUCUCUGAAUUCUAUGAUGAAAUGAUCUUCCAGGAUCCUACAGCCAUGAUGCAGCAACUACUGACCACGUCGAGACAACUCACCCUUGGAGCAUACAAGCAUGAGACAGAAUUUGGUGAGCUGGAGCAGAGGACCAAGGAAAAAAUGGAAGCAGCAAAGAAGAGAACCAGCCAGGAAAUCACAGAGCUGAAAGAUAAACUAAAAGCCAGCAGAGAAAACAUCAACCACCUGAAGGCAGAAAUCAGGAAACUGGAGGAGGAUGGAGACCACAAGGACCACUGAGAAAUGGGCAAACACAGACAGAAGUGAUUUAAAAAAACAAACAAAAAACAGGCAUUGUUGUGACAUAUUUUGAUUACACUUUUUUGUUAUUUUGUGUGUGUGUGUGUGUUUUUUUACAUAAUCUCUUAACAUCACAUAGCUCAGAGAAGACAUAAAAUGAUUUCCCCAUAAUAUAUUUACUACUGCAGCACUGAAAAAAAUGUCCGCCAUCUUGCUUGUGGCUGAAACAAGGAUUUUGUGAUUGCUUCUUUUUAUACCUGUCAUUUUCUUUUCUACCCAAACAUUACUGGAUCAGCUGGUUGUAAGGUAGAAUUACAUGUAAUUUUGUUAUACAUGUUUUUGCAAUAUUAAUCUUGUCCAAUCCUAUUGAUGUAAUUGAUCCCUGUGAAGUGAUCCUGAGCAGAGGUCUAAUCACCCAAAAUUAAGCAUCCCCAUAGUAUUCAUACCUACCUGAUGAGAUGUCCACAUUUGUGUAAACAGUUUUGAAUGUGAAUAGCUCAUUUGUUUUUUACUGAUCUUUCGGUUUUCUAUAAAAAGUAAACGUCUUACAGGA